AUGAACGGCGAGAUCGCCGCCGCCAACCCGCGGUUGGCUUCCCCGGCCUCCCGAAAUAAUUCCGCGUUACAGGGUGCCACUAUCGCCUUCAACUCUUCCAAAUCAUCAUCCCAUGUGGCCUCACCACCAUCUGCCGCAGCCAGAGCUGCAGUAGCCAGCACUCUGAAUCGGUAUGCCGAACGUCGCCUCGAAAUGGACUCUGAGAAUGGGCCCGAGGUGGGCUCCGUGAGGGACAAGAUUGGGCUGUUCACGGGCAACAACACCCUUCCUCCGCCGAGAGCCGUGUCAAGGGGACGAACUCCGCCGCCAUCCGUGUCGCCAGGCCAUAUCGCAGCGCGUCUCGCCGUCGAGAGGUCCCCCUCGAGGGUACAGGAAGCAGCGGCGGCCGCCGCUGCAGCCAAGGUCAGUGCUGCGCGGAGCGCAAGCAGAAUGCAAUCCCAAGCAGCCGACGAACGACGAGAGCUACGCUCGCCCAUCCCCAUUCGACCCAGUCGUACCACACAAGAAAAUCCCGUGGAUACUAUGCUUCGAGAUGAUCUGGCUAUUUCGGAGCCCGAAUUGGAAUCUGAAUCCUACGAAAACCCCCCGUCUCUCCCAUCGCGCGCAGCAAGUGUCCGCGUCCCAGCGACCAGCCCGCAUCCCUCCCUCAGUUCUCGAAUGACCAUAAUCUCCCUCGAUGAUACCAAACCGAGACUCCCACCGCGGACUACUCCCUCAAGGGCGGCGUCCAUGCGAAACCCAGUCCUCACCGGCACCCCGCUCCUACGCCCUUCCACACCUAGUAUGGCUUCAGUAUCAGGUCUGUCACAUAAUAGCAGCUCCAGCACGCCGAAUGAGCCGGGUGCUAUGGACGAGGAAGCCCUCUCGGACGCGAUUGUCGCAUCUUCCCUGGCAUCCGCACGAGCAUCUCCCGCGACGAAGCUAGCCCCACCUCCUCCCCCUUCACGGCGACGAGCGCGAUCCCGGUCUAUAUUACAAUUUGCACAUUCCCCCAAGAGCGAUCUAUCACGGACACCGAGUCCACCCAAGGGUAUGCCGAUGACGCUACGCGGCAUGCCGAAGGCCGAGGAAGCCGAAGCCCACCGCCGCCACAAGGUGAACCUGCUCCAUAAACACCCCCACAAACAUCACGAAGGUGAUCGCAAGCGGUGGAAGCGUGAAGUCACGGAGAAAGAGCGCAAACGCUAUGAAGGCGUUUGGGCAUCCAAUCGGGGAUUGUUGAUUUCUCCUGACCGAGGGAUACCCGGGCGUGGGCCGAAUGGGUCCGAGAAAGGGCCGCACGCAUCAGAAAUGGUGUUGAACCUGGUGGUGCGAGAGAUUUGGUCCCGCAGCCGCCUGCCACCGGCGAUGUUAGCACAGGUAUGGGAUCUGGUGGAUAGCCAGCAGAUCGGCCUUCUGACGAAAGAAGAAUUUGUCGUUGGAAUGUGGUUGAUCGAUCAGCAGCUGAAAGGUCACAAACUGCCCGUCAAGGUUCCCGACAACGUAUGGGACAGCGUGCGCUAUGUGACAGGCAUUAAGCUUUCGUCCGUUGGGUCCAAGGGCUGA